UAGAGGGCUUCGGGCGGCCGCCGGGACGGAAGCCGCGAGGCGCCGCCGACCGCGCCUGCGACAGCGUCAGCCCUGCGCGGAGCGCCGGCCCGAUGGCGGCGGCGGCGGCGGCGGCGAUGGCCGAGCAGGAGAGCGCCCGGAACGGCGCCCGCAACCGCGGCGGCGUCCAGCGCGUGGAGGGCAAGCUGCGUGCCAGCGUCGAGAAGGGCGACUAUUAUGAGGCGCACCAGAUGUACCGGACCCUCUUCUUCAGGUACGUGGCCCAGAGCAAGCACGCCGAGGCCCGCGAGCUCAUGCGCUCAGGAGCCCUGCUGUUCUUCAGCCACGGCCAGCAAAACAGUGCGGCUGAUUUGUCCAUGCUGGUCCUGGAGUCGCUGGAGAAGGCGGAGGUCGAGGUGGUCGAGGAGCUGCUGGAAAGUCUGGCCAAGCUGUUCAGUCUGAUGGAUCCCAACUCCCCGGAGCGAGUGGCGUUUGUGUCUCGAGCCCUGAAGUGGUCCAGUGGGGGGUCCGGGAAGCUGGGCCACCCCCGGCUCCACCAGCUGCUGGCCCUCACCCUGUGGAAAGAACAGAACUACUGUGAGUCCCGGUACCACUUCCUGCACUCCAGCGACGGGGAGGGCUGCGCCAACAUGCUGGUGGAGUACUCCACGGCCCGGGGCUUCCGCAGCGAGGUGGACAUGUUCGUGGCCCAGGCUGUGCUCCAGUUUCUCUGUUUAAAAAACAAAAGCAGCGCGUCAGUGGUGUUCACCACGUACACACGGAAACACCCGUCCAUCGAGAGCGGCCCUCCCUUCGCACAGCCGCUGCUCAACUUCAUCUGGUUUCUGCUGCUGGCCGUCGAUGGGGGGAAGCUGACGGUGUUCACGGUGCUGUGUGAGCAGUACCAGCCGUCCCUCCGGCGGGACCCCAUGUACAACGAGUACCUCGACAGGAUAGGACAGCUCUUCUUUGGUGUGCCGCCCAAGCAGACGUCUUCCUACGGAGGCUUGCUAGCUCCCUCAGUGCUGGGACUCAACGGUACCUGCACCAGGCAGGAGGGGUUUCCUCCAGAGAAUCUGACCAGCGCGGAACAUCUCUCACAUGGAAGUCAGAGAACAGAGCACACAAACAGGAAAUAGCCACUUAGAAGAAAUAAACAUUGUUCAAGGAUAAGAAAGCUUCAAAUUUAAAUUAACAUUAAUAAUCAGAGAUAAGAUACUACAAUCAAGAAACAAGAACAAUGUACUUUGAAAAAGGAACACUGCAAAAACCAAAAGGAGCUCUGAAGAUUGAAAUGUUGAGAGCAGAAAGCAAACUUUCAAUAGGAAAGUUGCAAGACAGUGGAAAUGUUCUAGAAAUCAGUGAAAAAGGGAAAAAGUGGGACUAGAAAUGAAUGAGGGAACCAAUCUAAGCCAGCCAACAUCUGCAUAACAGUUCUAGAAAAUGCAAACGGAGAAAAUAGAGGAGGAAAUUAUUAAGGAAAUAACUCAAGAACGAUUCCCCCACCUCAUGGAUGUAAAUUACUAGGCAAGGAGGAUUCACCAAGCUCCCAACACAGAGAAGGAAGACAGACCCAAGCCCAGGCUGUCACUGGAAAACUAACUCAAGUGGAAGUUAGGAUUUUCAGAUGUGCGAGGUCUCUGGAAGCUCGCCUCCAAGGCACUCCUUCUCAGGAAGCUACUAAAGGGUUUGUUCCACCAGGAGGAGGGAGUAAACCGAGAAAGACUUAGGUUCCAGGAAAUGGAAUCAGCCCAGGACUGAGAUGUGGCCACAGGAGAGACGAUUCCCGAAGGGUGAAGUCGGUUGCUGCCCAGGACAUAUGCGGGGACUGGGAUAGUCGGUGGCGUGGUGAGUCAGUAAUGAGGACAUGGUUAACCAGGGGGGUAAAGGCAGCUCUUGGCUCUAGGAGAAAUGAAAUGUGCAGGAAGUGAAAAAUCACUGCUCAGGCUUGACAGCAAUUUUGUGGUCUUGGUAACGGUACACUCUGAAUACAGGUGUGGCCAGAAUAGCAACGUAAGGGUGAUGGGUGAGGUGGCAGAGGUGUGGGCCCGGGCGAGGUGG